AUGGCAGGUGGCGGUGGUAACUGUUCCCGCGAGGCGGCCGCAGCGGCCGCGCCACCGCAGUCCCAUCCGCAGACACCGAAGGCGCACCACGCUCACAACGGAAGCACCGCGCAACACUACUACCGCAACUUACGCGACAUAAUCGUCGCAAGCGAAUGUCGCGAGCUUUCCUACUCUGUGCAUGUGCCUCCUCUUAGCUUUAACGGUCGGCUCCGCGCUCAAGUGUGGCAGUCCGCGAGCAUGACGAGCGCCGUGAACUGCGCUCUCGUGCUGCUCUUGCUGGUGCGAGCGGUGCCGGCUCAAGACUACGAUGUGACGGACAUCCAGUGUACGUUCGCCAGCGGCGGUUCCGGGCUCCGCGACUCAGUGACGGCCCUGCUGAGGAAGCCCGAAGGCUUCAAGGGGGCGCCCCUGUUCGCGGACGACCGGGCGACGGACCCGCUGGCGGACGCCGUGUGCCAGAUCAGGCCGGAACCGGAAGACCCCACGGGCCUCCUCUACAGGCUGCGGAUCACGGAUUUCACGAAGUGCGGUGUUUUGAAAAGGAAUCUUCUCAGGCCGGAACCGGAAGACCCCACGGGCCUCCUCUACAGGCUGCGGAUCACGGAUUUCACGAAGUGCGGUGUUUUGAAAAGGAAUGGCUUCGUGCAUGUGCGCGUAUGGUUCCCGCAGUUCCCGGGCGUAGUGAUGCAGUCCGACCAGGAGCUGAUCAUCAUGUGCAAGCCACCUGAGCCCACAAUCAUCGAGAACAAGGCGGCCGGGUUCGCCGGGAGCUUUCCCCAUGGGGCACGAGUUUCAGGGGUUGUGGAAGAAACUCCUGGCCGUUUAGAAUACGAGGUGGCGUUAUACAAGGAAGCACCGCCAGUCUCCCGACACGCAAACCAUUCUGUGGACCUGCCCGUUGAUCAGGCCGUCCCUAUCGGCACCAAGCUGCAGCUCCGCGCCCGAAUCAAUCCGGACUCGGCGUGGCGCCACAUCAAGCUACUGGAGGUGGCCGUGUCUCCAGACCCCGACCGGCCGCACGCGCCCGGAGCAGUGCUCCUGGUCAAAGACGGAUGUCGAAACCGGGAGUUCGCCUCAAUCAUACCGCACCAGCCGGCGCGGUAUCGCGAACGUCACAACGAAGUGUUCCUUGACUUCGAAGCCUUCCUGUUAGCCUCCAUGAAGGAACGCUCCACGCUGUGGAUACACUCGCAGAUCAAAGCCUGUAUGGACGCAGCUGACUGCCAACCAGACUAUUGCCUCGAUUUGUUCGAACCAUCAGGCCAUGGCCGACGUAGGCGUGCGUUGUCGGAAUCCUCCCACAGCCAAAAUGUGAGCAGCGCUACUUUGACGUCGGACAAUGGAUCCACGCCUUUCACGCGGUUCAAAGAGAACCUGGAGUACACUGUGGUGAUGCCCGGGGAGCUGUUCCACCGGACGCCGCCAGAGGCCACCUGCGCCACGUCAAUGAUGCUGGCAGUAGCGCUAGGCGCAUUACUCUUUAUGUCAGCUUUAUUGAUGUGUUAUCUCGCUACGAAGUUGAAUUCGACAAUGUUGAAGAACAGCAGUCUUCAGUCGCCGUCGGGCAAGGGAUUCGAACAGAUCCUAAGGGAAUUGGCACACCAUUCAAUUCCUGAUACAGGGUACACGGGCCGCCCCACCGUUCAG